UGCCUCGGGGAAAGAGCUUCCGGGGCUGGGUUCAGACCGUCCCCUCUGCACGUGGGCUCGCCGGCUUGGCCGGGCGUGGCCUGGGCGAUCUCUGGGGGCGUUCCGCAGCCCCGUAACAGCAGGGGCCCGGGCGGAGAGCUGCCGGCGGCGCCCACAUGGAGGAGUCCGCUUUCCUGGAGAUCAGGCGGAGGAUGCAGAGCGGGCUGCUGAUUAUCCGUGAGCCAAAAGCAGGAAAUUUGCCAGUGGAUAUUACAGUGGCUCCAGGAUCAUUAGAGAUAAAAAGUUGUCAAGCCUGCAAGAUGAUCAACUUUCCUGCAGAGGUCAGGAUCGUUCCUUCUUCCUGUCGAGGACUACAAUAUAUAGCUGGAGAUGGUUUACAUGUGAGGCUGCAAGUUCAAGCAGAUUCAAAUACAAAAUUAAUUUCAACUUUGAGUGAAAGUCUGAAGGCGCAGAAGAGUUGCAUCUUUUACUGUCAAUCUUGUGGUGAAAUCAUAAUAAAAGAACGGACGUUUCUCAGAGUUCUUCCCCUACCAAGUGAAAACUGGAGUGCUUUGGUUGAGGAGUGGUGCUGCCACCCCAAUCCGUUUGCCAACAGCACUCUUCAUCCUCAGAAUAAUGACUGUUUUCUUGGACACACUUACUUUCUGGUGAAUUCAGGAAGUGAGUCACAUGUGCCUGGAACUGAAAUAGUCCAUUCAAAGACUGAACAUUCUGCUUCUGAGAGGGGCUCUACAUGGAAAUCAAAGGAAAAUGCUAGAGUAAUUUGUAAGCGCUGCCAGGCAAUGCUGGGAGAGACAGUAUCAUCAGGGACUACAAAAUAUUACAUCACUGAGAUGAUUAUUCAGCCAUCUGGAAAACAUUUUGACAUGAUACCAAGGUCUCAGUUUGUACAGAGCAUUAUAGCUCAGUGUCUCGUGGAACUGUCCUCUGCCAGAAGCACAUUUAGAUUCAGAAUACAAGGACAUGAUGGAAAAGUCUACAUCUUGAUGUGGCUUUUAAAUUCUGACACUUUAUUGGUGGAAUCUAUGGGAAAUUCAGCAUCCAGCAUUGUUUUUACAUUUUUUGAAGAUAAUUUGAGGCCUGAUUCAAGGUCUUCAGGCACAUGGAAUGCGGUCAAAGUUCUUUAUCAUCCCUGCAUUAAAAACAGGAAUAAGGACAGAAGCUGGAAGGACCCAGGAUGUGAGUUCCAAGAAAUGGAAAGUCUACCUGAAGCUAGACAAACACACUGGCACAAGAUGCCCACAAACUGCUGCGACAUUUGGGGGCCUGGAACUAGCUAGUACAGCUCAUAAAGUGUGAAAAGCUGACCAGGGCAGGGUCAGGGCAAACACAACAUAUGUCAGUUCAGCACAUCUCUUUGGUAUCCUCCACCUGUACGACUCCUGUGGUGUCCUGCCCAGAAUUUAAAGCUGCUCUCCCCUGGGGAGAAUGCCUGUUGGAUGGCAGUGGUGAUACUUCUGCCUGUCCUUACCUGGUGGCAAUCCUACCCCCUCUGUGCAAUUUCAACUUUGAAAUUUUCAUCCAUCUGUUGCAGCUUCAGUGUUAACCCUUUGCGCUGAAACGAUGCCUUGUUAUGCGUAUGGUCUGUUAAAGUCCUCUAUUUUUAAGCCAAGAGAUCCUCAAUUCCACAUGCUUUUCCUGCAAUAGUUACAGUAAACAAGCAUGCUGAUGGCCUAAAUAUGCAUGAGCAACAUAUAUAAAAAUAUAAAUGUGUAAGGAUACCACUCCAUAUUCUUGCUAAAUAGUAAAUUAGGAGUAGAUUAUUUAGUAAUGUGAAAGAGUUUUACAAUUAAGUGUUUUUCAAAUAUAAUUUUACAAGUUGUGUGUGUGUGUGUGUGUGUAAAUGUAACUUGCUUUGAAUCUAAUGGUAAGAUUCUUUUUUUUUUUUUUUAAGUUCAAACAGAAUGCUGUAUACUUGUUUUUUCUUGGAUAUGUCCAAGUCUACUAGAGUUUGCAUAAAGAAAACAUUUGACUUCUUCAGGCUCUGAAGUGUCAAUUAUGGAAGAAAAACACUGCCAGAGUAAUAUUUAGUUAAGGCUGCAAUCACGCUUUUAAUAACAUUUUAUAUUUAAGCCUGUAACUGGUGGCGGAUAAAGUUGCUAGAAUAUUACAUUCACCAAUUACUUCGGUGUUUGCACAGCUGACGGAAUAGGAUUUGUUGGGUAAUUCGUAUUUCAUCUAUUGGCUCUAUGAUGGUAGAGCAGAAAGCAUGUAUGAAUAGUGGUUUGGAUUGGUUUGUUUUUCCCUUAAACUCUUGAGGGAAAAAAAGUGGUUGAUUAAAUAGGUAUUAUAAAACUUACCAGAAAAUAUCAUAUCUUGUGAUCAUAUUUUAUAAAAGAAACCUCUCAUAUUUUAUAAUAUGAACCUCUCAAAAACUUGUGAGAAUUUGUGAUAUACAUCAUGGUAUUUCUGCUAAUUGUAUAGAGACUGCAUUCCCAAAUAUACAUAAAAACAAUUCAAAUACUGAAUAUUUUGAACAUACUCUUCCACCUAAUUCAUAGAAAGAAUGCUCAGAUACUUUGAGCAGUGCUUAUUUGUGGAGGAGAAAUUGUUUUCCUACAGAGUGAUGUGAUGAUGAUUAAAAUUAUUAAUGCAGAAGGUAUUGGAAAACAUAUUGCUGUGUGUGAUAUAGACGCUACUUAGUGGCCCUAAAUCUCUGUUAUAGUAGUCUCAUGUAUACUGCUUAAACUUCAAAUGAGGAAUACUGCUGGAAUCAGUGCAAUUUCUCAAAACAGAAGAAAUUAUAUAUCAAUGACUUGAAAACUUGAAGUAGUAGAUAUUUUCAUUUUCAGCAGAUUUUCAUUUUUUAUUCUGUAUCAAAGAGAAGAUUUAUCUACCUUGGCUUAAUGCAUAGAUAACAGCCAUAUAUACUUAAUCACUUGCAGUUUGGAUACAUUGAUAUCCAAAUCCUAUUGUGGAUUGCUUACAAAAUCAAGAAUGUACAUCAUUUAGGGAUGCGGAGGCAAAGAGAAAUGUCAGAGUUUAGAAAAGAGGGAGGUUCUUUUCUGUCAAAGGCUCCAUCACAGAACUUUAUUUGAGGCCUUACUGCCAGAAGUAUGUACAAGUGUCUCUCUUUCUCUAGUGGAUUGGGUAUAAAGUCUAUUUCCAAAGAUUAAUUAGCAUUUAUCUUUGGGGUUAUUCAGGGUACAUCUACACAGCCCAACAAAACACAACCCCUUGUGGCAGCAAGUCUGACAGCUGGGGUUAACUGACUCGGGCUUGCAUUGCGGGGCUAAAAAUAGCAGUGUAGACAUUCAGGCUGGAGCUGGAGUGCCGAAACCCGGUGAGGAUCUCAGAGCCCGGGUUCCAGCCCAAGCCCAAACAUGUACACUACUAUUUUUGGUCCCAUAGUGCGGACCAAAAUUAGUUUUCCCUGGCUCCGAGACUUGCUGUCAUAGGGUUUUUGUUUUGUUUUGUUUUUCUGUGUUGAUGUACCCUCAGUGGCUACCGAAUAGGCAUGACUGAGAUCUUGGAAAGCACACUCUGACUCACCUGUCAGAAAUAUCAAGCACAGAAAGAAGAUGAGGGGUGACAACAGUAACAAUUGUUCCAAUUUAUCUUCCAUAUUAGAACAUUUGGUUUAGUUUUUUUUAAAAAAUGUGUGAUGUCAGUAACUUUAAAUAGCACAGUCCGUUUAUGGGUCUGGUUUCUGAAGAUCUCCCUGUAUUUAUUUAUUUUUUUUUUUUGAGCUGCUCAGUACUUAGGAAUGUUACCUUUUUACUAUCAUUUUUCUCCUCUUAGCAUGAGUUGAAAUCAGAAGAACUUGGCUUAUGUGAGCAUGUGACUAAUUGCCCUUCAGAAUCCAUGCAGAAAAACAAAACAUAUAAACCUAACUACCUUCUCAACAUCUCUCCUUACUCAGAUUUUCAGGGGAUAUUACUAUGACUUUAUUGCUUGUCUUUUUCUUGUCUGAAGACUUCAGAUUCCCUCUGCUUUAUGUCAUCUUCUGUGCUUAAUGCUCCAGUUAAAAUAUUUUUAACAGACAAAAGAAAAACAUGUCUAUUUUCCUCAGUCUGUAAACCAGGAAUUCUAAAAUACUCUUUGUUUCAGUCUCAUACUUCACAUCUCUCACUGGUGCAAAAGAACUGUUGCAUGAUGUAGACCAGGAUUGUUCUCAUAUGCUGUAGCCCUUUUCAUGUAUGUGGUAUCCCAAAGUGUUCUCCAGAGCAGUAAAUUACACACCGGUUGUUUGACUCUGUAGUCCUGAACCUUGGAACGUGUGGCUAAGGAACUUCUCCGGCUCAGCUGUUCAAAGGUGGUGCUGUCUGAGCCUUUUAGGGGCACUGUGAUGUGUUCCCCAUCCAGUCAUUUUUUGCUACAUUUCCCUACUUGGAGCUUCCAGGACAGGCAUGAAAACUGGCUAUAUAUAAAUAUGGGAAACAAACUGCAACGACUUAGCUAAUGCUUUCACAUCUACUGAUGAUAAGCACUACAUAAGAGUUACUUGUUAUAAUAUUAGUACUCCCAGUCAUUCAAGUGUGUCUGGAGACCUGUGAUUUUGUUCUAAGUUGACUAGUAUUUUACUUGCAUCUGACAGGUUAAUGAUAAUUUGCACUUAUAUAGCACUGUAAAAGCAGGUAACUGUGUCCUGGUAAUUGGCUGUAGGAUUUAUUGUAUGCAGUCAUGGUCUACUAUGUACCCGGGAAUCAGUCAUCCCCAACUGUUUUCUUUAGUGAUUUGCAGAUAAGAUGAAGAAAAUGUCCCCUGAACAAGUUGUACUCAAACUUCUUUGCAUGACAUUUGUUUUGUUUUUUUGCUUUUGCUUUUAAAAACAGUUUGGCACAAAUGUUCUUAAAAUAAAAUGAAGAGGGGAAAAAAGACAAUCUCUUCUUACUUUUCUACUCAGGUUGUUUAAAAUUAAGAAUAAUUGGGAAUAAAAGAUCUACAGCUUUUGUGUUUAAGCACAGUGCACAAACUCAUCUAAAUUAGACAUUAGUGGUUCACUUACGGUUUUUCUUAAAAAGUUGACUUGAAAGAGUAUACUGCGGUAGAACUCAAUGAAUACGGAGAUGAACAGCAUUGGGACGUCCGAGUUAAACAGUAGUAUAUUUUUAUUUGCUCAGCAUUGUUUUUGGUUUCUGCUGAUCUGAAUAAAGUAGCCAUUGAGGCCAUAGUCUGAAAAUAAAUCAUAUGGAAUACAUAAUAGAAGGAGACUUUUGAAUGAGAUUUGCUGGUGGUUGGGAGGGCUGUCUACUUAAAUAAAUAUAUAUAAAAGUGAGAAAAAAGUUCACUUGCCAGUGUAGUACCUUCAUAAGAGGAAUUUUUUAAUUUUACUAGAAUACAGAGCCUAGAAAUGUGUUUCUCUUCUCUUCCCAUUUUAGUUCUUGGGCUGUUUUUAGAGGCAAUCUUGGAGCCCAGUUAUGAUCCUAUUGAAAUCUGUACAGGAUACUUUGCAAGAAAAGUAACAAAAUCAAAAACAAAGUACCCCUCCUCUUUCCACUACUUUGAGUGACUUUAUGCUUAUCCAUUCCAUUCACUACAUGCUUUCGAGUUACCUUAUACGGAAACCCUGCCUAAGCAAAAACAUUUAUACAUGUGUGAUGGGGUAGUCUGCCAUCAACAGCAAUGGUGCCUAGUUGUCAGCCCAUCCCACCACCUGUCAUGGCUGUUGGAGGGUUUGAAAGAUCCUAUAGGAAGAUAGGGAUAGUGAGAAAGCAGCUUCAGGACUGAAUAGUGCUUGGAGAGGGAAUCCUGUUCCUGUAUGUUUAAGGGCCCAGUGUCAGGAGCCUUGCACAGAGGUUGGGGCAAGCCUCCCCUCUCACCCUACGAAUUGGGAAGGAGUUGGGAGAAAGUGGAACAGCAUAAAACUGCCUCCUUCCUCAUAGCAGGGCAGACACUGACAGGAGAAGGCUGGCCUGAUGAAUCUUUGAGAUUGGAAGUCUAGAUGGGAAGGGUGUUUAGCUGAAGGGAGCGGGCAAAAGCCUUGCAGCUGAUUAACCUAAGGUAGAUGGCCUGAGAGACGCUCCUCUUUCUGGAGCAGGAGUUUAUAGGGAAACUCCUGCUUGAAAGAUGGAAAAAGAGAUUAUUCUAAGGCCAGGUCUACACUACAGAUGUUCAAGUGGCACAGCUAUAUUGCUGCGGCUGUAGCGCAAUAGUGUAGACACUUUGUGCAUCAACGGAAAGGGGUUUUCCAUUGUUGCAGUUUAUAUCACUCUGAGAGGCAGUAGCUAGGAUGACAGAAGGGUUUUACCUUUGACAUAUCCACAUCUAUUGUGGGACUUAGGUUGACUAACUAUGGUGCUCAGGGUGCAAAUUUUUUACAACCUUGAAUGACGUAGCUAGAUGGAUCUAAUUUUUAAGUGUAGACCAGGCUUAAGGCAAAGAGGGCCAAGCCACAGCCCCAGUCCCAGAAAAAGGGAUAAGGGGAAACUCCUGUUGAGAGGAGAGAGAGACUGGCUAUAUUAAGGCAAGGGGCAGAGAAAACUGGUAGAAAUUACAAUCCUACUGCUGCAGAGAAGAACCUGAGGCUGGCUUUUAGGAAACGCUUCCAUACCUGGCCUCAGGAGAAGCCAUGAUGAACCACAAAGUCAAGGUGAAGGCCACAGAAUCUGCAGAUCUUGUGAAAUUGCAGGCCUGGAUUCUCCUAGCUCUUCCCCGGACCAAGAGGGGAAUCGUGGAUGUCAAGAAUAAAAGAAGCAAAGACCUGAUAGAGACUGGGAUUGAAGGCCAUUAGAUCUUGUUUACUAUUUUUUGGACUUUUUGGGUAACCUCUAGGAAGGGGAGUGGGCUGAGCAGUGGAAUGGUUGGAGGGCUAGGCCAUGGACAGCAGACUGUUGUAGCACCAGAACCAACUAAUGGGGGUGCUAGACUGAGACAACCCUUGCAAUGCCGAACCUGGAUGCUAGGAUGCCUUCUGGAGGUGAGAGCUGUGAUUAUAGCACAUAAACCCUCAGGGAUGGAAUUGAAUUUUUAGUUUGCUCCUUUAUAUUUGUAACCUCAUAGCUCUUCCUAUUAAAGUUUAGAAGCCAAAAUUAUUGCUCUGGUCCAGAGGUGUUGAAACAGUUUUUAUAAGCAGGAGUGUUGAGAGUCAUUGAACCGAAUUGUAAACCCUGUAUGUAAUGGAAACCACUUCAAGACUGGGGGGUGGUUGCACCCCCAGGACCCCUAGUUCCAGCACCUAGGCUCUGGUCUGCCUUCUCUCAAGGAUCUUGUUUCUGUGCUGGUUUAGAAUGUUUGUUUUUCCUUUCUCUUUAAUUGUAUGCCUAGGGUACAUUGAAAAGCAGUGUGGCAACAGAAAACUUAAUAUUUUCCUUCUAAUUAUUUGUAGUGUAGUUAGUCAGGGGUGAGGUUUCCUUAUAUUGGUACUGUACAAACACAUUAGAAGACAUAGCUCCUACACUGAAGAGCUUUGUCAAAUUUAUAUUAUUAUUUAAUACUCUGGAUUUGAAUUUAGGGUUUUAAAUAAUUAAUUUGCUAAUCCAUUCCAAGAAUAUACUGGUCUUCUAGAAAAGUAUUUGUUCCAAAGACACAGUUAGAUGCUCAAAUACCAGUGGGUAUUGUAAUACUUUUAUUCUGUCUUUUUCAACACAUUCAUCUAAUGGUGCUUUUUUUUUUUGCAGAUAAUACUGUCAAGUAUCUAAAUCCCAUGUUACGUUUUUCAGGGAAUAUUCUUCCAUCAUUAGUGGUGGUUAGGCAAGGAAAUCUCUUGUGCAUCAAUGGGAGAAUAAAUCCCUGUAAGUUAACAGUAGAACAGUUGCCAAAAAUUAAAUUCAUUUUAAGUUUCAUUGCAUGUACUUUGCUAAUGAAAGUUGACCAGAAUAAUAUGUUCUAUCUCUAACGGUUAGUAGGGAGGAAGGAAAAAACAUUUUAACUGAUUCAUUAUGUGAAAGGAUUCACUAAAAGCCUCCUUUGUCUUAAGAAAAAGAAGCAGAAGAAGAUGAGUCAGAGAGAAGGAAGAUCUUGUUAAGAUACUGGAUUGGGAUGCAGUUCAUUUCUCUGGCCAAACCACUUAAUCUUUGUCUCAGUUCUCCAUCUUUAAAAUGAACAUGUAGAUUUCCUUUCUGUUUUAUCUAUUCAGAUUGUGAGCUCUUCUGAGCACAGACUGUCUUUACUGGGGCCUGUACAAGCUACUGUUACACUGAUAAUAAAUCUGUUGAAAUUACUU